AUGGAAACCACUUCCGGAGUCGUUUCCGAAACAGCACAUGAAGCUAAAGGAAAAGCACAACAAAUUAUCUCGCAAACCGAUCAAUAUUACAAACGACCGUACCAUUUUAUUAUCGAGUCAUGGAAAGAGAGUUCGUUUUUUCGUCUUUAUGCCUAUAUUGCUGCAACUUAUGGAAUCAUACCGGCGGUAAUUCUCGUUGGUUGGACUAUCGCAACGUUGGCAAUCGUUGUAGGAGUAGCAGGAGUUGGAAUCGUGGUCGCAGAGGGAUUUUUCGCGUUUUUGGGAUCAUUGGUCUUCUUCCCGGUGGUAGGUACUUUGUUGUUUAUCGCUAGUCUUGGCGGUAUUGUAGCUGGGUUUGCGUAUGGUAGCCUGAAAGUUAUCCGGUUUGCGUUGUCUCAAGUGGGGUUUCUUGAUCAAAGUAUCUCCUCUCAACCGGGACGACCUUCAUAA